CUUCAGAUGUGCAUGUGUGUGCUGGCACGGGGACCGUAGUUUUCCCGCAGAAGGAACAGAGGAGUGCGCAAACUGAGGAGGAAAUCGCUUUUGCCUGCUCAUAAGGUAGUUUAUCCCAUCACUCCGUACUCUUCUUCUCUGUCAGGCAAGUUUAGGACGCGUGAGACAGGUCCAGCUUUAUUUUCUUCAGCAUCUGCUGGAGCCAGACGCGAGGAGGAGGAGAGGAGAGGCGAUGCGCCUUGCGGAGUGAGCUGAGGCUUUCCCUGGACCUCCACAUCUUCUCACACGGCGAGGGCGAGUGAUUGUGCGGCGCUUUGGAGAGAGUUCGCGGCGCUCUGAUGCGGUGGAGGUGCGCGCAGAAAGCCCGCAGACGACGCGUCUGUCAGAAAGAAAGCUUUGAGAAGCAGACACUUUUGAUGGCCAAAUCAAUGGCUCUUAUAGUGCCUCGUGAUUCCGUGCACUUGCUAUGAAGUGAUUUGAAAUGAAGAUCUUAGUUUGGAUCUGACAGACCAUUUCGUGUUGGCACCUCGGAUGGAUUUGCAGGAACAAUAAACAAAGACGUUUGCAAUUGAUAAUAGCGUGCGCAAAAAAAAAAAAGUUACAUUUGGCUUCGCCAUCGAAAUGACUGGGCUUCUGCGUGACUUAAUUCAUUAAUUAGCAUUUUCAAACUCGCUUCAGCUUCCAAAACAAAAGCACAAAAUGAACUUGUACGUCUUGAGCCUCCUUCUGACCUUGGAUUUAGCCACAGUGGCCGUCAGUCUAUCCACAUGCAGCACUCUGGACAUGGAGCAGUUCAAAAAGAAGCGGAUCGAGGCCAUCCGCGGUCAGAUCCUCAGUAAACUCAAGCUGAGCUGUCCCCCCGAGAUCUACCCCGAGCCCGAGGAGGUGUCCCGGGACAUCAUCGCCAUCUAUAACAGCACGCGAGACCUGCUGCAGGAGAAAGCCAACGAGCGCGCGGCCACCUGCGAGCGACAGCGCAGCGAGGAGGAGUACUACGCCAAAGAAGUGCACAAGAUCGACAUGCAGCCCUUCUACCCCGCAGAGAAUUUCAUCUCUUCAACACAUUUCAACCCGUACUUCAGGAGGCUCAGGUUUGACGUGAGCUCCAUGGAGAAGAACGCCUCGAACCUGGUGAAGGCGGAGCUCAGGAUCUUCAGGCUGCAGAACCCAAAGGCCCGUGUGUCUGAGCAGCGCAUCGAGCUUUACCAGAUCUUAGGUCACAAGGACCUGACGUCCCCCACGCAGCGCUACAUUGGCAGCAAGGUGGUGCGCACCCGCACGGAGGGAGAGUGGCUGUCGUUCGACGUGACGGAGGCCGUCAGCGAGUGGCUGCUGCACCGAGACAGAAACAAUGGAUUCAAGAUCAGCCUGCACUGUCCCUGCUGCACAUUUGUGCCGUCGAAUAAUUACAUCAUCCCCAACAAGAGCGAGGAGCUGGAGGCGCGCUUUGCAGGUAUAGAUGACAGCUUUGUGCAAGGAGGGGAUCUGAAGAUGUUUAAAAAGCGGCGUCAGAGCGGUCAGUCUCCGCACCUGCUGCUGAUGCUGCUUCCCUCAUACCGGCUGGAGUCACAGCACAAGAGCCACAGACAGAAACGUGCUCUGGACGCGGCCUUCUGCUCCAGGAAUGUGCAGGACAACUGCUGUUUACGCUCUCUCUACAUCGACUUCAAGAAGGAUCUGGGCUGGAAGUGGAUCCAUGAGCCCAAAGGCUAUAACGCCAACUUCUGUGCCGGAGCCUGUCCGUAUCUGUGGAGCGCAGACACCCAGCACAGCAACAUCCUUGGCCUCUAUAACACCAUCAAUCCAGAAGCGUCUGCAUCUCCUUGCUGUGUGUCUCAGGAUCUGGAACCCCUCACGAUCCUUUACUACAUUGGAAAAACCCCCAAAAUCGAGCAGCUCUCCAACAUGAUUGUCAAGUCCUGCAAGUGCAGCUAGGAACCGAUCAGCUCCGUUUCCAAGAACACGCAUUCACUCAAACAAACACACAGUAAUUUAAAAUCCAAUCACACACGUGCUGCGCAGGGUGUCGAGGUACAGCAGAGUAAUUCCUACAAACUCUCACAAACCACAGCACACAUCUGAAUGUGUGAACUUGUGCUGGAAACGGCCCUGUCGGCAUGUGUCACAUCACCCGCUCAUCACUCUAUGGAUGUGAGUUUGGCAAACACUGGAAGUACGUGAUCUAUAUGUGUCUAUAUGUGAAGCAAGUGGAAGGGAAAAUCCCUUGUUCCAUUUAUUUCAAACCAACACUUCUGUUUUUGUUGUUGAUUUUGUUCCCCUCAGUAAUACGGAUAUUGUUUGUUUGGUAAUAUAUAAAACCCAUGAUGUUGUUCACCAAUACUGGUGAAGAGCUGGAAACUUCUGGCAAACAGUACAGAUGUCACAAAUGAACUUUGAGUUUGGCGCAAAUGAAGCGUUUUUGGAUUGGGGUUGGUGACAGAAAGAUGAAAUAUUGCGGAAAGUUAAUGCAAGCCUCAGAAAGACAUAGUUUAAGCCACCUUACAUGGAGUAAAAAAAGGCCAAGAACAAUAAGUCAUGUUGUUUCUAGCAGCCAAAGACAUUUUGUUCCAUUGCAAACACAAACAUUCUUUACACAAAUACGCAACUGCACACGCAAAUGCUGCAAAGCAAAACCAUUGCAUUUUUGUAUCACUGGCAGAAAAAAACAGUUUCCAUCAAAUAUCUGCACCAUUAAUCCAAACUUUUGCUCUGCCACAUGACAACAAUUGACCUGGCAGAGAAAGGUAUGUUAGUCCACUGUAGCGCCCCUGAGAAUGCAACAUGUACGUGUGAUAUUUAGUUGUGUUUCAGAACUUAACAGCAUGUGACACUAAGUUUGCAAAGCAAGACGUGUGUAUGAUUGUGUACGUAUUUGUGGAAGAACUUUAAACGCCUUAUUCUGAAGUUAAAAAUAUUUGUACACAAAUUUAUGUCAAGCUAGCUCUUAACACAACACCAAUGUAGUGAAAUACAGAAAAGUUUUUCCCUUGCAUUUUUUAAAAGUUUCAGUUAUACACGACAACAUUUUCAAAAUGAUUCACGGUUACACAUAUCAGCACAAAUGGCCAAAAACGCAGUAAUAGGUAUGCCAGGCCAGUAGUUGGCGUUGUCACCUUGUAAGUAAACAGUAUCAGUAGGGAAGUGACGAUUAUAUGAUGUUUGUGAUGCGUCUCUGCUGCUGGUUGUAAUAUUGAGUAAAUUGACACUUUGCUGAAGAAGCAUUUGCAAACUCUUGAGCAGCAACAACAGUAUCAUGCACUCCGCCACUGUUGUGUAUGUAAAAUCAACACAUACUGCGUAUGUCUAUAUACGUAGCAUUUACUACGCAUGCGCAUGACGUCACCGUUUUCAAAGAUUCCUGUAUUGGGUGUUCACACGGAAACGACUUGCACUUCGAAACCCGUUUUCAAAAAUGUGCGUUUUCAGUCCCUAAAAUGCUGUCUUCGUGUAAACGAACUGACAAAACACAUAAAAAGUUUCCAGUUUUUGGCCGAAAAUGUUGUGUAAAUGGCCCCUUAUUCUUCACAAAGUUAGUUCCUUUAGGACCGUCUUUACUGUGAUGUGACUUUAAGGUGAUGCUGUUGCAGUGUAAUAUGUACUAAGUAAUAUUAAUUAACAAAAUGUACUUACAUGUAAAUAUGCCACCUUAAAAUAGUGUUUGCAUGGUUUGAAAACAAUUCACAAAUUAAAACAGCUGCAAACAGCCACAGUUUUGCGAAAAGCAGGCAUUUCUCAAAAGAAUGUGCAAAGCUAUACCAGAGCAUGUUAAAGUGCCUGGUUAAACUGGAAUUAUGGGUUGGUAAAUUGGCAACUUCUUUAAUUCACACCAUGGUCCCUUAUAAGAGCAGGUGAAGCUGUGAUGUCACCAACUCGGCAGUGUUGACAGGAAGUGAUAUCAUCAGACUGGUACAGAGACUGAAUUUGCAAUAGGUAUCUUUGCAUGCACUACUCAGAAUCAAUCCAGAUUCAGAAAUCAGAUUCUCAAAGCUCUGUUUACGCUUACUUAUUUGUUUACAUGUGCAUUACAUUAAUUCCAAACAAAAAAAUAGCGCAUACACAGUUACCAGUCACCGCAUUGAGAACAUUUUUUUAAGCAAAUAUUAGAAAAUAUUCAGUCUCCUCCACUGACCAGUUUGUUUUACAGAACACAAAUAAAUUUUAUGUAUCAAACUCUGUCAAAUCAUUUGCAUGAAGACUUUUGAGUCUGAUUGAGCCAUCGAUCCAACUCUAAACGGAUCGUUGGGGUGCAUGUAAAUGUUGCUAUUGAUGUGAGAAGAGUGAGUUGCUUUAGUAAAGUCAGAUUUUGAUGAAAGGAUUUGAAGAAUGUGAACAGACGUGUAAGUGAGAGAUGGUAACCCACAUGUUGUGCAGAGGCCAGCUUGACGAAUGCACUGCAGCCGCCGUGGACACUGACGGCCAUAACGCUUAUCAUGGAGAAAUUGUUUCUACACAUCUCAAAAGUCUUCCUGAAUUUGUGAUUUUUUUUUUUCUCUCAGAGAAAGUGAUCCUUUGUUACGAAGAAUUGCACUGACUUUUUUUAUUUCUACAUUUUUUGUUUGUUGGUUUUUAUUCGUAGUUAUAGCUUCACUCACAUAACAUGAGCUGAUGAUGUGAGUGGCUUUUAGGUGGAGGUUCCCCUUUUAACUAGUCCUUAUCUUAACCAGUGUUAGAGAGAAACUGGUAGCAGAUCAGAUUAAAAGAGCAACGUCCAUUCAUGCCCAAGAUUUUUAGGUGACACUUAUUUUAUUUGUAUUAGGGCAAGAAUGACUUCCUGAAGACGCAGGAAGCGGAAGGAGACACCAGCAUUGUCACACUAGAGCUGUUUAUUGUUAUUGUUGUCUAUGAUGAUGAUGAUGAUGAUGAUGUUGAUAUUGUUGACCCACUAUGGUGUAUUGUAAAACAUUACUGUUGUGAUGCUCUAGUGGUAAAUAAAUUAUUUAAGUGACAA